UGCGCCUCUCAUUGGCUCCUCUGCACUGUGUGGAGUAAGUUGGAUGUGCGCUCUCCUCACUCGCAUCCCGAAACCGCCUCAAAAACUGUUGCGAUGGGGAGGAUCAGGAAAAACCACUUUGGGAUUUUGACUUUUUCUUUACUAGUCACUUUUGUCUGGACUCAAAGCGUCAAGGAUAUCAAAGAUCCGAGCAAUAUGCCUCUGGUAAAAGAAACAGUGGACAGACUGAUGAAAGGAUACGACAUUCGAUUGAGGCCAGAUUUCGGAGGUGCGCCGGUGGCUGUGGGAAUGAAUAUAGACAUAGCCAGCAUAGACAUGGUCUCUGAAGUCAAUAUGGACUACACCUUGACGAUGUACUUCCAGCAAGCAUGGCGGGACAAGCGUCUGUCCUACUCCGAGAUCGCCUACAACCUGACUCUGGAUAACCGAGUGGCGGAUCAGCUGUGGGUCCCAGACACCUACUUCCUCAACGACAAGAAGUCCUUCGUUCACGGUGUCACCGUCAAGAACAGGAUGAUCCGUCUGCACCCUGACGGCACGGUGCUUUAUGGACUCAGGAUCACCACAACUGCAGCCUGCAUGAUGGACCUGCGCCGCUACCCUCUCGAUGAGCAAAACUGCACCCUGGAGAUUGAAAGCUAUGGCUACACCACAGAUGAUAUUGAGUUUUACUGGCGAGGUGGAGACGGCGCCGUGUCCGGGGUCGACAGAAUAGAGCUGCCACAGUUCUCUAUUGUCGACUAUAAACUCAUCUCUAAGAACGUGGUCUUCUCUACCGGUUCCUACCCCCGCCUGUCCCUCAGCUUCAAACUGAAGAGGAACAUUGGUUACUUCAUCCUGCAGACAUACAUGCCUUCCAUCCUGAUUACCAUCCUCUCCUGGGUCUCCUUCUGGAUCAACUACGAUGCUUCGGCUGCCAGAGUGGCCCUGGGGAUCACCACGGUGCUGACCAUGACCACCAUCAACACCCACUUACGAGAGACGCUCCCAAAGAUCCCCUACGUCAAGGCUAUUGACAUGUACCUGAUGGGCUGCUUUGUGUUUGUCUUCCUGGCCCUGCUGGAGUACGCCUUCGUCAACUACAUCUUCUUCGGCCAGGGCCCCCAGCGGCAGAAGAAGGCGGCUGAGAAAGCAGCCACGGCCAAUAACGAGAAGCUGAGACCAGACCCCAACAAGUGGCUGGUGGGAAAUGUAGUUCAGAGAGAUGAUGCUCUGUAUGCCAGAAUGAAACAGAGGGAAAUUGACGCAUAUGACUCGAUGUGGGAUCCCAUCUUUGUGGACGAUGCCGCAUUAGGACUAGGCGAGCAAAGAAAUAAGAUGACUCCUGACGACAACAUCCUGUUCAGCACCCUGGAGAUGAAGAAUGAGAUGGGUGGUGGCGGGGAUCUGUCCCGGGGCCUGGGAGCGCCCGGAGACCCCCGCAACACCAUGCUGGCUUACGAUAGCUCGACGCUGCAGUACCGCAGGGCAGCCAUGGCCCGCCAGAACUAUGGCCAUAGCGCCUUGGAGCGCCACGCCCAGAAGAAGUCGCGCCUACGGAGACGGGCCUCCCAGCUCAAGGUGAAUAUCCCAGACCUGUCCGACGUGAACUCUAUCGACAAGUGGUCCAGGAUGAUCUUCCCCACCGUCUUCUCCUUCUUCAACGUCGUCUACUGGCUCUACUAUGUCCAUUAAACCCGGUGGCCGGCUUGUGGCGGGCGUGCAAAGAAGGAGGGAGGGGGGGAGGGAGGGAUUUAGGGAAGAUGAGAGAGAGAGAGAGAGAGAGAGAGAGAGAUGACAUGAGAGAGAUAAAAAGAGAGAGAGAGAGAAUGAGAGAUAAACAGUGCACCAACUUUUUUUAGCUGGUUCAUUUUAGAAAAAGUGAAGAGAUUGCAAAGACUUUUGGACGGACUGCAGCAGCACCCAACACUUCAGUCAGCAGUGACUCUUUUAGGAUUUUGGGAAACACCUUAAAACGACUGACAAACACUCGAAAAUGAAGAGCGAGUUUUAAAAAGACAGAAACGGUGCCUGUUCCAGAAUUUCAAUAUAUCACUAAUAUUUGUCAUUCGUAGCUUACUCUCUGUGGAUCAAAUAUUUAUGCUUGUGUUUGCAUAUACUUUAAGGAUUUGUUUUGUUUAGUAUCUAUUUACUUCGUAGCCGAGCUGUCUGCAUCCAGGAAAGCUUUAUAAAUGAUUUUAAAGGAGUCAUCCUUGAUAGUCUAUUUUCCUAUAAUUACUGUAUAUCAAAAACAUCCUUUAAAAGCAUGCUUAUGUUUGAUUUCAUUUGCAUUUCAGUCAUGGUGAUUAUGGAGCGCAAAGCAUUUUAGUUUCACUAGUUGAGGAUAGUCUGUCAGUUACCAUUUUGCAGCUUUGGCUUAGCUUGGCCCACCUGGGCGGACGGUUUGAGCGUUGCUGGAUGACAACAGAUGGACAGCAGGGGGCGCUCUUUUCUCUGGACAUCCCUGUGGGGCUUUAAUGGUGCCAAUGCUGAACAGAAAAAGCUUCCUCGGUUGUUGAACGUCUCAUGCAAUCCGGUGAAAGAGCGAGACUGUUGGACACUGACGCUUUUGCCAAGUUUUUUUUUUGCUUUUGCUGUGUUGACAGAGUCCAUUUCACCACGUGUUAUUUUUUUAAAGAGAACAUUUGACUCCUCCGUACUUUCUGCCAUUGUGUGAGGAGCUUCAGAAUGGCUUUAACACGACUUAAGCUGGUGUAAGAACUUUGCUGAUAGAUGAGCUGAGUUUCAUUGCAACCAGAGUUGCUGCAUAAAUAUGGCAAUCCACAAUCAUCAUUAUCAGUAGAAUUGAAUGAUAGAAGUAUGAUGCGUUUCAUUGUGAUUAGGUUUCUGUUUUGAAAAACUGUAGAUAAACAUAAAUCAUGUUUAAAGAAAAAGAGAUGAUUCAUUUUUAUAAAUCAAUACUCACAUUAUUGUGUAAAUAUUAUGGAUUUAUUCUAUUUAAAUGGGUCUCUGUUGUUGUUUUUGCAGUUGAAUUACAGAUCAAAUGUUCCAUUCAGUCAAAAAAAAAGAGAAAAGAGCAAUUUAACUGAGGAAAAAAGAAAAACACAAUUCACAACUUUGCUGACUCUGUACUUUUGGGACUUUUCUCUCUUUUCUUUCUUUUUAAUGGACUCUAAAAGCAUCUACUUGCUGAAACUAAAGCACUUCCAGACACCAGUGACUUUUGGGUCAAUGUUUUGUUCUCCAGAAAUGACUAAACAAGGACCCCACUAUCCAGGCAUUGAAGUCAGGCAUAUUUUGUACAAAGUUUCUGUAAAUUCCAAUUGUAAUAUUUCAUAAUGACUGUAAAUAUCUUGUGUAAUGAUUGUCAGCAAUUAUGAAGAUGUAUCUAAAUUCAAUUAAAACUCAAUUCAGUCUAUCACUUCAAUAACAGAGUA